CCGUCUUUACCCAUUUGAAGUAAAGUUUCAUGCUGUGCUUGUGUAUGAAUUCUUUGAUUGAUCUACUGCAUGGUUUUUCUCAUUUCUGGGUUGAAAUCCUUUCUCUUUUUGUAAACAGUGUAGACAAGCUAAAGUUUCGUAUACGGGGAUGUUUGCUUUCAAUGGGAUGGUGGAGCUGUUAUUAGAGAAAACUUCAAUUUUGGCCAAUUUCCAAUAAUGCUAAAGGUUUCUCAAAUUCUGUAUAUGAAAUUGUCAAAAUUUGGUGCAUGUUAUUCCUCCCAACUGACAUUAAUGUGUUGUGCCUGAGAUGAUGCAGUACUAGAUGUCAAGAAGGUAAUGGAUAAAAAUCCUUCAAAGCUAAUCAGUUUAUCAGUUGAGAAUAUGUUGAAAACCGGAAGAAUGCUUACGCAGACAGGCCUAGAUUUACAGCAGGAGUUACAUCAUACUAUGAUUCUGAGGGAAAUAUUAGAGACUUUUUUAAAAUAAGAAUGUCUAUUCUUAAUGUUUUAGUUGGGGUUGGAAUGAUAACUUCGUUUCCAAAAGUUGAUCAUGCUGAUUCCCAGAUUCCUGAUGACUUGGAAGUGGGGUACAUUCCUUUGAGCUUUUCUGGGGCAUAUCCUGGCUUAUACAUUUUCACAUCUCCAUCUAGGUUUAUUCGACCAGUGAGAAAUAUUUCCAUACCUUCUGGUAGUGAAAGAAGUAUUGAACUUAUCGGGCCAUUUGAACAGGUUUUUAUGGAAAUACGAUGUUCAGAUGGGGGAGAUGGAGACCGAAGUACUACUUAUCCUGCAACUCAUGAAGAAAUUGAUCCAACUGGAAUGCUUAGCAUGGUGGCUAAUCUUACCCCUUGGUCUGAUCAUAAUCAAAGCCCACUUUUUUUGGGAACUGUAGAUGGGAAAGCAAACUAUGACUUCCUCUUUGCAAGCAAUUCACUUCCAUGCAGAUCAAAAACUAUAUCACCUUCAGGAACAAAUGCAAUAGUUGCAGUGCUGUCAUAUACAGGAUAUGAUAUGGAGGACACCAUGAUUCUGAAUAAAUCGUCUGUGGAGCGUGGGAUGUGUCGUGGGCAAAUAUACCGGACAGAAACUAUUGAUUUAACUGACGAGGGAAGCAAGUUUGAGCAAGGACAGAGAAUAUUUAGAAGAGAUCAUUUGGAUAAGUCAUUAAAUUCCCCUAUUGAUCCAGAUGGACUUCCAUAUGUUGGUCAGGUGUUACAUCCAAAUGAACCCUAUUGUAGCACUAUUAAUCAGGUGACAAAUUCCAAGAGAAUCUACAAAAGGAAAGGUUCAGAAACUGUUAUUGUGGACUAUGUUUCAGUUGAUGUAAAGAAUAAGAAUGAUAUUCAGAAGAACCCUAUAAUUCGUGAUAAAUUUAGCAGUAGACAUGGACAGAAAGGUGUUUGCUCUCAGUUCUGGCCAGAUAUCGACAUGCCAUUCUCUGGAGUUACAGGAAUGCAUCCGGAUCUAAUUAUCAAUCCUCAUGCAUUUCCUUCAAGAAUGACGAUUGGAAUGCUUUUAGAAUCUGUUGCUGCCAAGCGAGGAAGCUUCCAUGUGAAAUUUGUAGAUGCAACUCCAUUUUCUAAUGCAGUCAGGGUAGAUAAUGGAAAGAUUGAGACAAAGUCGUCCGAGUCACUUGUUGAUGAACUUGGUUCCAUGUUAAGGACUUGUGGGUUUAAUUACCACGGGACCGAGGUUCGCUUCACCGGACAAGUUGACCAGAUUACUCGACAGUCAAUCAAAGGGACAAAGUGUGGUGGAGGUAUACGUUUUGGAGAAAUGGAACGAGAUUCAAUGCUUGCUUGUGGUGCUGCAUAUUUGUUGCACGAUCGGCUCCAUACAUGCUCUGAUCAUCUCAUUGCUGAUGUUUGUUCCUUGCGUGGAAGCAUUCUUACUGCAUCGCUCCUACGGCCACAAAAGCCGGCAGUGUGAGAGAUUGUUGGGUUGCAUCCUGCAAGGGCUCCAAAGAAGGUUACAUGUGGUGCUUGUAGGACAAGUAAAGGGGUGGAGACUGUUGCAAUGCCCUAUGUCUUUAGAUAUUUGGCUGCGGAGUUUGCAGCUGUGAACAUAAAAGUGACCCUGCAGC